GCACAUUUUCUUUCAUUUUUCAGUUUUCUAGCCCUGUACAACGGAAAUUUUGUUUACUUGUAAGGAAAGAAUGUCGUUGAUUAUGGUUCCUUAUUUUCGUUUGACCAAUAAUUAUAGUAAGCUCGAUCAACGUUAUCGAUUCGAUACCAAACCUAAUUUUCCUCCAGAAGACGAGGAAAAAUGCGAAAUACCGGGAUGGAAGAAACAAAACAACUCUUUCCACGAUAUGAAGAUAUAUUCUCAUGUGUGUCCGGAAGCACGUACACUUUUCCGUACACAGACCGUUCUCUAUUCGAACGGCGAAGGAACGCAAAUUUUCCGGUUCGCGAAAAUGCGAUAGAGCGAAAGGAAAGAAAAUGCACAUGGUGUCUCAAAGAAUUUACCACCAAUUUUUCCCAAUAUAUCCAUUGACUCCUAUUGGUAAAAAUAAAAAAGAUAUAAAACUGAAAGAAUUAACAAUAAGAAGGAUCUAAUAAUACCUAGAACAGAAGAAAUUACAUUUUACUCACAGACAUUCGAACUGCCAAAAGUGCAAAUAAAAAUUACGAAUCGAUCGUUCUGACUAUCGCGAUAGUUUCAGCGUCGAUACAUAAAAUACCAAGCAAAAUGUCUAAAAUAGCGGCGAUAGAAAUAAAAAUACGAACAUCCGAGGUUAAUGAUUUAACGAAAAGUCUGUUAGAAGGUAUUGCGCGAUUUCCGAACGAAGCAGCGCCAUUCUUGUAUCAUUCUUUGCGUCCAAUUUUCAAUCCUCAAAUCGGAAUGACAAGUGGUUUGUGCCAGAAAACCCUGGAACACCGUGUACAGAGAGAAAGAGUAAGAUAGUUCGAACCGAUAUAGAAGGGUGGCCGAGGGUCGAAAAAGCGAAGAGAGCGAGCAAACGAGCGACCUGUACGUAUACGGGCCACCAGGCGGAAUAAAGUGAAAUUUCAGCGCAACCUGAAUUAUAAACGAUAUUAUGCAAACACUGCGGAGAAAGAGUACUCGUAGCCGCGAGUUAAUUUGAUGAAAAACAUCAGAGAGCAGCCAGAAUAGAGGAAACGAGAUAGGGGUGAAACAGAGAAAGGAAGGAGGGAAGAAGGGAAAGGGAGAAAGGGGAGGACAGGCAAAAGACGCAUCCGGGAAAGAACGUUCUUGAGGAGGAACACGCUCCUCUUCAUCUACGCUUUUCGACUCUAAAGGCACUCUAAUCACCGAACAACCAUGCCAAACUGUGGUCAUCAAAGUCUUCGUUUCGUCUUUUAUCCUGUGUUCCCUUUCUUCCGUGUUUGCGUCUUUUGCGUUUUCUAUUCUCGUUUUAAGCGACGAGUGUUACGCGUGCGAUACGUUUCGGUAAUUUUUUGGACAAAGAGAGGAACUCUUUCAUUUUUGCUCGACAGUCGAUAGCUUGGCCGUUUUCUGAUUCGUUGGUUUCUUUACUGGAUUUAGUGACUUGUUUUAUUUGUUUCUUUGAACGUUUCGUAAUUUGCGUAACUUCAUUAUUUUCUUUCACAUCUUCCUUUGGUUUCACAUACUUCUUAUAAUUUAAUUUCUUUGAUUCCUUUCUUCUGUUUCAAUUUCCUAAUUGAAGUGCUUAAUUCAUGUUAUUCGAAGGCGCGGACGCAAAGAACCUUAGGUUCGGAUAUACGCGAUGAAUAUGCAGAAAGAGAAAUGCAACUUAGUUCAAAGUAAUAUUUCUGCGAGCUGGAUGUUUCUAUUCGAAUCGUAACUUCAGUUAGUAAUUUGAUAUAUCGUAUCAAUCUUGUAAAAAGUGUAUAGUCCGAAAUUAAACUAGUUAUUUAUGCUGGCGAUUUUUAGCAGCGUAUAAUUCAAUUCAACGAUUCAAAAUGUAAAAAAACACCGACCAGCUCUUCUAACUUGGAAAAAUAACCACGUCGAUGAUUCGUAGGACUAAUUGACUCAACAACCCAAUCGGCUUUCUUUCGUCCUUUUUGCCAGAACGCGAUACGCUAUCAGAGAAACGGAGAGUAGGGAUACGUCGAUCACAUCCCACGAGUACGAGGAUGACAAGAAUAAAAAACAGAGCUUCCACGUCUCGCGCCAGUCGAAUCGCGACCGCGAUUGAUUCUCUCUCUUUCUAUUUUUUCUCCUUCUUCCCAUAGUCACUCCCUUCCGUUUCAUUUCUUCCUUUCGGCAACAACAAACUAACGACGAUAUCGCGUAAAAAUCUUAGACUGGAUUCAUCGAGUGAAAAUGUUUCGCCUUCGUGAAUGGAUAUAAAAACACGUAACAUAACGAAGCGCGCUUUGUUUUUGAUUAAUUGACGUCUUAAUUAACGAUUAGAUCAUUCGUGAGAAAUUUAGGGGUCUGUAGGGAACUUAGGUAUCUGUUAAGAAUUCAAACGUCAAGGGAACUCUAGUCGAUGGUAGUUUGCGAAAUAACACACGUGUCCAAAACGCGUAAUAUUUUUAGAUGCGUCCCGAAUCCAAACACGUUCGAAGUCAUCGUCGUUUCGACAUAUUUCCUUUGGAACUAAAAUAUCGCUCUAGCCAUAGGUAUCGAUAGCAACAUCUCGAAAUACUACGCUUAACUCGCCAUUAGAAACUCGAUAACCAAAAGCAGGAAGAAAGUGGCCGAUAGAGGGAAAUGAAAGAUAAAACAAGAAGAGAAACUAUAAAGAAAGACAGAGUACCAAAAUACAAGUUUAAAACGGAAGAAGCACGAGGUAGCCACCGAUAGGUAAAAGAGGAGGUAGAAGAAAGAGGAAGUGGAAGUGCAGGAUAUAUGGUAGGGGAAGACGAAGAAAAAUGCUUGGUACAAUUUUCGACAUGGUAAAUACACCAGGCGCACGUGCAACCCUGCCAGUAAUCGAGGCAGCGCCGCCAAUCUCGACUCGUCGGGGGCGGUUCUCCGUUGGCUAGGGGAUGGGGUGGGCUGCACAGGGACUGGCUGAUACCAGCCGUCUGGAGGAGGAAACUCGAAGGGCGGUAGAACCUCGUCGAAAAACUAGCCGAAUUACGGACGUUUACGACGGUGGCGCAACGUCACGGAAACCUGGCGUUCAAAUCACGGGCAAUCGCGGUGCACGCCGGUUACCUCUUCGACUUUGCGUUUAUAUUCGCUUCUCAAUCGUCGAUUAUACCAUUUAUCGGUCGUACUUUGUCGUCGCGAAUCUUCGGCAUCUUAGAAAUGUACGUUCGCUGAUAAGUCGAGAGCGAAAGGGUGUUUGAUGACUCUGACAACUGGAAGAUCGUGAAGAAUUUGGGAAUGAAAACGGAUAGUGAUAAUCGGAGAAGUUGGCUUUUGUAAUUGAUUCGAGUACAACCGGAGAACUCGUCGGAGAAAUAAGGUUUCAAAUAAGAGGACAGGAAGUUCGACGAGUGGAGGAAAUGAGGCGGAAUUGGGAACGGAGGAGGAACGUGAUUGUUGGAGAAGUUUGAGAAAUUGAUUUUGCUCGAAUUUGAUUUGACAAUUAAUGGGAGAAUCUGUACAAUAUUUGAAGAUAUUUACGGUUCUAGCAAGUAACGCCAAAGGGGUGAAAUCGGGAAAUUGGAAAGAAACGUGUGUCAUAGUUGGACAAGUUCGAACAUUUGUUUCGGUGGGAUUCGCUUUGAAAAUUCACCGCGCAAUUGGAAGAACACAGUUUUAUGUAAUAAUACUGCAGAUUGAAAAUGAUUUUAUUGGAAAAUUAAUCGAGGAACCGCAGGAAUAAGAUUUUAAUUAAUAUUAGAAGGCUGCUUGACUUUGUCAAGCGAAGGAAUCGGUAGAUCGAAAAGAAAUGUGAUAAUCUGAACAGUUUCGAAAUUAAUUCAAUCGGAAGGGAUCAGUCGUAGAUGUUUAAAAAGAUGUUGUCGCUCAAAUUAAUUCGACUCCUUAAAAUUACAAGUGAAAGUUACUUUUAACAAGAUACCGGAGUAAAUAAAUCUUCGUGCGACUAUCGAUGUGAAUUCAUCCUAAUUCCAGCAACUUUAUCCAAACGAAUUUGCCCAAAGUUUAUCGUCGAUCAAUAAUUCUGCACAAUGUCUAUAUACGUCAAUUAAUAAAUCAUUUAGUUGGUACAUAGUCGAAAUCGUACGAUGUAUAGUUUAUAUAGAGCUUGGUUCGGUGACAGCGUUACGCCAGACAAUUAUUCAAGACUUCAAGAAACUUUAUCGCCACCUGACACAGUGGUCAGAGUGGGAAACGAAGGAGAGCAUCAGUUCGUCGCUCACAAAGGUGUUCUGGCCGCUCAUAGCGGAUAUCUAAAAGCUUUGCUAACUAGCACACCGACGACGCCUAAUCAAAGUGUUAACACGAAUAUUACAUCUUGUACUAACUUGCCAACCACCGCAAUCGCGGUGACUACUACCAAUUUGUCGGGACCAUCGCAACGACAGCCUGUCACGUCUGUCUCGGUUUCGUCCAUUGGUGGAGAAGCAUUCGCGCCAUUAUUGAACUACAUGUAUACGGGUAGAUUGGAGGUAACGUUGGAUAACGUGUACAGCGUGCUAUUGGCCACGCAUUUGCUGCACAUGCCAGGGGCACUGGAGCAAUGCAGGGCUGCUUUACUAAGGCUGAGGGCACCGCCGCCUUUGCCAACGCCGAUACCGGUACCAGCAGGCCCGACGUCGACGUUGACGUCGACCUCCAUAUCCACGUCGACGCCAGGCUCGGGAAAUAUACUCAGACCUAUACCAAACAGGUUGAUGAUAGAUCCAAGUAUAUGCUGGCCACCGACAGCGCCUCUUUAUCCACCAACAGCACCUGUACCCUCGUCUAUCGGUAUUCCACAUUUACCUCAACUGCAACCGUCGGUGCUAAUGCAAUCGACCGUUCCACUCGGCGUUUCCGUCGCCCCGACCUCCAGCAUCCAAGAAACGCAUAGCUCGACGGCUUAUAGAGAAGUUUUAUCGCCAAAAUCAUCAGUCUUCAAAAUCGAGCGAAAUCGAAGCCUACGAGUGGACUGUAGACCAAAAUCACCAGAGAACGUGUCCUCCAAUUCUUUGCCCUUUGUGGCAGCAGCAGCAGCAGCUGCGUUUACCACUUUCACCACCUCUAACGUUGCCACAUCGACACGAACGUCGUCGCCUUGUCAAUCGAUUUCACCUACGCCGUCCUCCGUUUCUCAAUCUUCGGUACCACCGUGUCAAAGCAAAAAGACAACGGAACAGCAGCGUCAAUCCACGGAAGAACGCCGUUACGAACAUCCAAAUUCGAGCAACAACGAGCAACAACAUCGAUCUCCACCUCUGACACCUGUAGAAGACACGGCAAUGCCUCGAAACAGUGACAGGAACAUCGAAUCAACGUCGAUCAGCGAGGACGAUCGAGGAAGAUCUAGACGAAGAGGACGCAGUUCCAAUAGGGCAAACGAUAGUUCUUCGGGUGUUUUGUCAGUGGUUUACGACGUGGCUUGUUGCGAUGGUCCAGUCAAGUUCCAUCGAGUGUUGAAUGAAAAUUACUCGUCAACAGCCUCGUGUGGGUCUAGUUCUGUACUACAACCGCGUUUACAGAGGCCGUGUUUUGAAGCAGAAAACGCCUCCGGCGAAAAUGACGAAAACGGAGGACCAACGGCUGUUAGAACUCCUUGCGACCAAAUCGAGUCUGCAAUGGAUACGAGCAACAGCAGCGGAAGCUACACUUGCCGAUACUGUAGGCACACUUUCAAGUCGCAGUAUUGUUACAGAAAACAUACGAAGAGGCAUUUGUUGCCGACAAGAGCAAACGAUCCGACUGGAAAUAGACAGAGACAGGAUACAGAGGCUCGAAAUAGAAGAGAAGUUCGAUUGUUGGAUUUAAAUGUUCAGUAUUAUCCGUGUAAGAUCUGUGGAUGCAAAUUCCCGAGCUAUUAUUUUGUACAUAAACACAGGAAAUUGUGCCAUGCGAAUACGGAGGAGAGAACGCAGUCCGACGAAGCUAAUAGCACAGCUACCGAGGAUCAAGAGUCGACUACUUCAACGACGAAUAACGACAGACAAUGAAAUUGAACUGUUAUUUAUGGUUUGUUGCGGUGAAUUGAACGAGAUGUUAAAUGAAUGAAAAUCGAAGCGAAGAUAAUUUCAAUAAAUCCGUAGUUGAUUAAAAACACUUACCUAUUUCAAUGAAAAACAAGAUGUUCGUGUCUUGUAGAAGUAAAUUGGAUAUAGUGGAAACGUUAAGCGAAAAUAAAUGAAGAUAAAUAAUUUUAGCAUAUGACAAAUUGCUUAAGCGGACUGGUCAAAUAACAGAAUAAAUUACUUGCGUUUCGUAGAAGUAAGCUGAAUUAAGUAAAGAUCAAAGUGAAAUUAGAUGAAUACAGUUAGAUAAUGUUAAUACAUUAGCAAUUGACAUUUCGUCAAAUAGGAAACUAGAUUCCUUCUGUUUUAUGAUAGUAGAUUGAAAAUAAUGUUAAACAAAUGGAAAUAAAGGAAAUAAAGGAAAUACAUAAAGAUAGGUGAUAUUAUUGAUAGUCGACGUUCCAUUGAAUAUUAAAAUGUAAAAGUAUACCAAUUAUAAUGAAUAUAAUUAUAAUAAAAUAUAAU